AUGGCUAGGGUUUUGGGCCGGGUGGGGAUGAAGACUUCAGAGACCCCGAGUUUGGAGGCCUUAACGGCCUGCCCGCAGGCCCGAUUUGAAAGACACGAUUCACGGGUGCAGCCGAAGGAACCAGUUUUUUCAAAGGCAUCAUCGGCCCUGGGGGAUUCCUCUCAGUACGAGGUGUGCAAGGAGAAACGGACAGCAACUUCUCAGUUGGAACGAUCCAGAAUGGAUUUCCUGCUACAUGGAUUUCCUACAUUCUGUGGAAAGAUGAACGAGUCCAAAUUCCUUCAGCCGGUCUCGAGAGAGAGGGAGGAUUACACGAUCCGUCACGUCUUGAGGCUUCAUGGGGUCGUAGCCUCCGAUUAUGGGGGCUACACCUGCUUCGCCCGGAACGAACUCGGUGAUGCUUCAGCCACGCUCCAAAUCUACGAAGUGGAGCGGAGACGCACGACGCAGAAACCGAAGAAAGCGGAGUCCAUGAUGAUCAAAGAACAACUGCCGACGACGAGGGGAGAAGGAGAACCGAACUCGGCGUCGGCUUCCGCCCAGAUCGGAACGCAUUUUGGCAUGCUUCUGGCCGCCCUCUGCCUCGUCUCCGAGUUUUCCAUCUGAGAGAGAAAAAAAGACUCGCGACGCCGAAACAAAACGUGCCUGUGAUUCCUGCGAUUCUCGACUUCUCUGUGUACACUGCAUACGAUCGGCUUCCCUUUUCCACGGAAUAUUGCUAUAUUGUACAGGAUUUUAACGGUACGAAAGUGUUCCGCUCCUUCGUUUUCGUGCUUGCCUCUCGCUGCAUCGAGUGUAUUUAUAUCUUAGAAAUCGAGUCGAACUCGAACGAAUCGGACUUUGUACGCGUUCGAGCGGUCUUUCUGUGUCGUGGAUGGUCCUCACUGCGAAUAAAGGCGAGCUUUUUUUCCA